GCAGUCCGCGCGGAGAAGGGCCCCGGCCCUUCCUUGCCCCCCCCCCCUCCCCCCCCCGUCCUCCCGCGGCUCGGCGGCGGCGGCCCCAAGAUGUCGACCAAGAAUUUCCGCGUGAGCGACGGGGACUGGAUCUGCCCCGACAAGAAGUGCGGGAACGUGAACUUCGCGAGGAGAACCAGCUGCAACCGUUGCGGGAGAGAGAAAACCACGGAAGCCAAGAUGAUGAAGGCCGGGGGCACGGAGAUCGGGAAGACGCUGGCGGAGAAGAGCCGCGGCCUCUUCAGCGCCAACGACUGGCAGUGCAAAACAUGUGGUAAUGUGAACUGGGCCCGAAGGUCAGAAUGUAACAUGUGUAACACUCCCAAGUAUGCCAAAUUGGAGGAGCGGACAGGAUACGGAGGAGGAUUUAAUGAACGAGAGAAUGUUGAAUACAUAGAACGUGAAGAAUCAGAUGGGGAGUAUGAUGAGUUUGGUCGCAAAAAGAAAAAGUAUAGAGGAAAGCCAGUUGGUCCUGCGUCUAUCCUGAAGGAAGUAGAAGAUAAGGAAUCAGAAGGGGAAGAUGAGGAGGAUGAGGAUGAAGAUCUUUCCAAAUAUAAAUUGGAUGAGGAUGAGGAUGAAGAUGAUGCUGACCUCUCAAAAUAUAAUCUUGAUGCCAGCGAAGAAGAAGACACUAAUAAGAAAAAGAAAUCCAAUAGGCGCAGUCGUUCUAAAUCCCGAUCUUCCCACUCACGAUCUUCAUCGCGCUCAUCCUCUCAUUCAAGCUCAAGGUCUAGGUCCAGGUCCCAUUCAAGAAGUUCUUCCAGUUCCAGAUCAAGAUCUCGUUCCAGUUCCAGAGAACACUCUAGAUCUCGUGGGUCGAAAUCAAGAUCCAGCUCCAGGUCCUACAGGGGGUCUUCAACCCCAAGAAAAAGAUCUUACUCAAGCUCUCGUUCGUCAUCAUCCCCUGAGAGAAGCAAGAAGCGAAGUCGUUCUAGAUCUUCUUCAUCUGGUGAUCGCAAAAAAAGACGAUCGAGAUCACGGUCACCCGAAAGACGCUGCAGAUCAUCAUCUGGAUCUUCCCAUUCUGGUUCCCGUACAAGUUCUAAAAAGAAAUAAUGUAUUAAAGGUCACAUCUUAAAAAAAAAAAAAAAUCCAGUCAGUGCAUGAGACAUUUUUAAGAAGUCGGUGUCUUACUUGGUCAGAAGUGCUAAAUCUGCUAGUAGAGGUGCAUGUCUGUCCUUGCUUUCUGGAAAACUGCAGCUUUGUUCAUUCAUGAAACAAAAAGUGAGAUAGCAUUUUAAGCCAUAAACUCCCCAGAGGAGGUGUGAAGUUUUUUGGGUUUUGUUUGUUGUUUUGGUUUUUGGAGUAAGGUUUUUUUAUCAUUAUUUUGAAAGAUCCAGUUACUUGAUUUCUGGCGCUCUUAUGUAUGAGCAGUUGUGGGUUGGAUAUGUUCGAAUGCAACUCUGCUCUUCAUGUGGCAAUUAAAAAAAGUAUCUGAGGAUAUCGGAGGAACCCAUGAACUUUCUGCAUCCAGCUCCUUGUUUGAUGUAGCUCUUACGGGACCACAAAAGAUUAGCGUAGCAGUAGGGCUGUUGUUGCCUUUUGGAUCAAAGUAGUGAGUUCUUUAGGUCGAAGUAUUUUUUGUUUUUCCGUGUUUAAGUAAAAGUGUAGAUCAGUGCCCCCCUCCUUCUCUUCUGCUCAGUGCAGAACAGCUAUUAAGUACGCAGCCCAUUGUACAGUUCUGUAGAGUGAAAUGGACUUCAUUCCUUCAAGGCGAGGAUGUUUGAGACGUGGGGCACUAUCCUCGCCAUGGCUCAAGUCUCUUAGCUGCCAGUGCCUGUCUGUAGGAACUGUUCGCUGCAGUCAGCGAAGUGCACUUUCUGCAGUUGGUACUGGCUGCAGUAUUUUCACAUGCAUGGAUCCUGGACUGUGCGAUCCUUUCUUACAAAAGGAUCGUUCAGGAGCUACUCUUGAGGAGGAAUAUGGAACUAGCUUCUUGGAAUCAAGUGAAGUUUCUGCAGGCCAUCUGUAAAAUUCAUUUUCGGCAGACAAAUUUUCAAGGUAUCUGAAUUUUAUUUAUAUUUUAAAAUUAAUAAACUGUAGAAAGUUCUGACAUCUUAAAUGUGUUCUUCAUCAAUCACUCUUUUUCCCUUAAAUGUUUAAUUUAUGGCUUAAAAUGCUUUAUGGAAUUUAUUUUACUAGUAAUAUCACAUUAAAACGUGGUCUCUCUUGAGCUCCGUUUGAUUAAGAAAGGUUUAAGUAUCUUCAGUGCCAUCGCAAGGUAAGUAUGUUAAGGAAAAUUAUUCUUUUUAAGCAAGCAAACAGCAAUAUAUCUACAAUUACUUCAAUUGUAAAACUUAAAACCCAUAGUAGACAGCUGAUUUUUAAAAUGAACUGCACCAAAACAAACGGAGCAAAACUAAAAACUGCAUUCUGCUUUUUUUUUUUUAAAGACACUUCUUUUGGACUAUUAUAAGUAACGUUUUUUGGUGUAGAAAUAUUUUGAUAAUCUUUUUGCAGAAAAAAAGCCCUGCAAUUUCUUCUUUAAUGCUUUCUUUAUAUCUAACUUCCAUGCUAAAUGUGUGUAGAUUGCACAAGAGCAGGUUAGUCUUGUAACUGUGCCUCUGAUGACUUUAAAGUCCAACUACUAAAGUGUAAAAAUCAGAUCUAAUAGAUGCUAUGUUGUUACCCCUUAGUUUUUUUCUUGUGCUUUGUAUUAAAAUUGUUGCUGUACUUAACAGAUGAAAAUUUUUAAAUUUAGCAAGUGAUAGCCUACAGACAAAGGAAAAUUAUGAUUUCAUUUGGCUUAGAUGAAAUGUAAAGCAAAACAAUUCUGUAGACGAGUGUAAAUAAAACCUGUGAGUCAACUA